AUGGAAAGAUCACCAGAGUGGAUCCUUCUUCUCUUCUUGCUCAGCCUUGGCCAUGGCUUCCCCCCAUGGGAGGACAGAAAUGCUCUGAUAGAAAAAGAGAACAGUCGCCGGGUUGGCGGCAGCAUCAUCUUUGGAGAGAGAGAAAAAGAAGCCAACAGAAAUCUGAUGAGGAUUAAAUCAGAUGAAAUGAGUCAGGCGGCUGCCACAGGAGUCUUUCCUCCCAGCAUGCACUUUUUCAAGGCCCGGAGACUUAUACAGCAGAGCAAAGUAUUUAAGAUUCUAAGAAAGAUGCCAAAAGGGGGUGCACUUCAUUUGCAUGAUUUUGCAAUUGUAAGUGUUGAUUGGCUGGUGAAAAAUGCAUCAUAUCUACCAGACUGUUAUAUUUGUUUUACUGGCUCAGCAGUGAGGUUCAUUUUCUCCAAACCAUCUCCAGUGGGCCAGCUGCUAUCAGGCUGUUCAGAUUGGCAGCUGCUGGAGACAUAUAGGAAGACCAUGCCAGAUGUCACUGAGUUUGAUAACAGCCUGAUCAGGAACCUGACUCUGCUAACGGACACUCCAGAACUAGAUUAUCCCACCCAGGAUGUGAUCUGGCGCAGGUUCGAGGGUGCUUUCAUUGCUGCAGGUGGCCUCAUUUGCUAUGCUCCAGUCUUCAAAGCUUAUAUAUAUGAGAGUCUGCAAGAGCUCUACGAGGAUGGCAUUCAGUACCUUGAGCUGCGAACCAUGCUGCUACCGGUAUAUGAGCUGGACGGUACAAUUCAUGACCCCUCCUGGCUAGUGGACACCUACAGAGAUGUGGCCAGGCAGUUCAUGAACACUCACCCGGACUUCAUGGGGCUAAAGAUCAUUUAUACAGUUCACAGACACGAGGAUGUUUCUAAAGUGAAGGAUGCUAUUCACACUGCGAUUCAGCUGAUAUCUGACUUCCCUGACACCUUUGCCGGCUUUGAUUUGGUUGGCCAAGAAGAUGCAGGCCAUUCACUCUACCAACUUCGAGAUGCUCUCAACAUCCCCAGCCAGAAAGGUUUUACCCUGCCUUACUUUUUCCACGCUGGAGAAACUAGCUGGUUAGGCAUGGAUGUGGACCAGAAUGUCCUGGAUGCCCUGCUGCUGAACACAUCGAGAAUCGGGCAUGGGUAUGCCCUCCUAAAACAUCCAGUGGCCCGAGAGAUGUCACUAAAGAUGAAUGUCCCCCUUGAAAUCUGCCCUAUCUCCAACCAGGUCCUUCUCUUGGUGUCUGACCUUCGCAACCACCCAGCAGCUGCCCUCCUGGCUGAUGGCCACCCACUGGUCAUCAGCUCUGAUGACCCAUCUGUCUUUGGAGCCCAAGGAUUGUCAUAUGACUUUUAUGAGGUGUUCAUGGGGUUUGGGGGGAUGGAGGCUGAUCUGAAGACUCUCAAACAACUGGUACUGAACUCAAUCAACUACAGCUCAUUGUCUGCGGAGGAGAAGGAUAAGUUCAUGGAAAUGUGGCAGAAGAACUGGGACAAGUUCAUUGAAGAUUUAGCCAGUGAAACCUGGGGUGACAGCCAGUAG